AUGGCGGAUCUAUCGACAUUUCCGAUUGCUCCCAAUCCAAAUGGCCUUCCGCCCAACUUCAUCGACCCCCCCUCCCGGGAAUCAACUGUUCUAGUGCUGGGCCUAACACUUAUAUGCGUCAGCACGUUAUGUAUCAUGAUGCGCCUCUUCACCAACUAUAAGCAUAUGGGCAAGCUGUGCUUGGAUGAUUACCUCUGUGUAUUUGGAGAGAUGGCAGGUAUUGGAUUCUGGGCCAUAAUUUACAAUCUCGCUCGAGGCGGCGCUGCAACACAUACAUGGGAUGCACCAGCUAGCCUUGUCACCAAAUCAUUCAUCAAACAACAAUUCGCACAACAAAUGCUUACUGCCCCAGCCCAGUGGGCGACAAAAGCUGCAGUUCUAGCUCUUUACAUCCGCAUAUUCAAUACUGUACGAUGGAUGCGCCGAACCUGCUACAUACUUAUUAUAGUUAUGCUCCUGGUUUACGGGAUUAAUAUCAUUCUAGCGGCGGUAUACUGCCUCCCUAGAAAUGGAGCCCCUUGGGAUAACACUGCAUUCACAAGAUGCGCAGAACCAGUUGUUCUACAACUUUUUAUUGGCUCAUUUUCGGUACUCGCAGACCUCAUACUAUUCGCGUUGCCAUUUGCCAUUAUCCCCAAUCUACAUGUGGCCCGGACGAAGAAGAUUGGGCUGACAUGCGUGUUCGUAGUUGGGCUUUUAACUGUUACUGCAAGUAUAACAGGGCUUGGAUACCGAAUUAAAUUAUAUCUGGGCGGGGAUCCGCUGUGGAACGGGAUUACUCUUACCCUCACAACAUUCGCAGAGGUGUUUGGAACCGUUAUCGUUAGCUGCGCGCCGGCGAUAUAUGCAUUCUGGCUGAAGUUUAUACAAGAGGGCGAACUAUAUUCACAACUUCUAUCAAAAAUGUCUCUAUCCAGAACGAGGGUAAAGACAGAUGAUUCGUCGACACAAGGAGGACAGUACGAUUCAUCAUCAGAUAUAAAAGAGGACCACCAUGACUGGCCGGAUAAACCCACUAACAGUUAUGGAAGGCUGGGACUUCUCACAAGGGUAUAUUCCACCUCUAGCCCUUCAUCCACAUUUGUCCCGAUGAAAAAUGUGAUUGCCAAAUCAACUCGUAUCGACCAGUCUUCAACGCCAGGUAAGUAA